GAGUAAGCACACUGAGUUCCAAGAAGACAGGUUGAAUAUGUGGACUCUCACAUACUGAAGACUACAUAAUGGUCCUUCUACAUUUUCCACAGAACCUAAUGGACCGUUUGAAGGGCUGGAAUUCACUACAAGGAUUGACUGUUAUGUUCAUACUGCUCAGUGUGGUCAGUAAAGGGUCAGCUUGUGAGGCUCCUUCAAGUCCUCAGUGCUUCAGAAGACACUCUGACGAGACUGUUUACCGCUGCGAAUGGAGCAUGAACACAUCAGCCAUCGAUGUGACAUAUGACCUUCACUUCAACACUACAGAUCCACCCUUCAAAGAAACAGAAUUUGAGGGCAUUGACCAGACGUGGACCACUCCGUUGGAAGAAGACUUUCCAAUCAAAGAUCGGGCUGCUUACAUAUGGGUGACAGCUCGCAGAGGAGGCUCCAGCUGCUCAUCACCCAGGACCUCUGUGGUGCUUAGCAGAACAGUUAAGUAUGAAGCACCACAAAAUCUCCAGGUGUCCUGGUCAGAGAGCAGCCUCAGUUUACAGUGGAGGGCUGUAGAGACCCAGCCGGCGUUAGUCGAGGUGCUGUUCCGAAGAAAGGAAGACAUCACCGAACCGUGGCAGAGUAGAUCGCUUAGGACAAAUACCCCAAAUGAGACUUUGAUCUAUGGGGUCAGUGUUGCGAAUCUCCAGAAACAUUCAGCUUACCAGGUUCGGGUCAGACAGAAGUCAACCAAGGUCCUCAACCCGCUGUGGAGCGACUGGUCUGCGGUUCACACUGCUCCUGCAAAACUGGAACUCUCACCUGAAGUUAAAAUGGCCACAAGGGAAUUUGAAAAUGGCACUCGGAUUGUAAUGCUAACGUGGAAGCCUGUGCCACAUGCAGCAGCGGUUGGAGGAGUUACUUACAGCCUGACAGACACUCAGUCUUUUCAUGAGUGUCCUUGUCCAAGGAAGAAGAAGAAGAAGAAACACAUCAACACGUCCAAAACUGAAUACAGAACUUAUGUGACUAACUCUUUGGUUAAUAUCACUCUUAAUGCCUUUAAUGCAGCAGGGGCAUCUCCUUCUGCAAAUAUACUUGUACCGGCCAAAACAGCCAAGGGUUUGACAACUUGUAAAAAAUUAUCACCAAAAAAAGUCCCAAAAAAGGCUUGCUUUGAGUGGUAUGAAGUUGAAGAUGGGAAAGUGAGGCCAGACACAGUGAUCACUUUAAGAGCGAAGGAGCACUAUCAUAACAUAACAACAAAAUUGAAGGACUUUGUUCCCUACGUGUAUUUCCAACACGAAUGUGUCAAUACGAUACCGCGGACGGUCGAAAUGUGUCUCUUUUAUAAAAAGGAGGGUGUUCCACGCUCCAAACCUCAGGAGUUCAUUGCUUCUAGUGAUAGCCACAGUUCUGCUGGGCUGUCAUGGAAAGCUAUUCCCUCUGAAGACCACCAAGGUUUCCUCACCCACUACGUUGUGUGCAGCAUGAAAAUCAGCCCAGAGCAUGGGAAUGAAGAGUGCCAUAAUGUAUCGGCGUCACACACACAAUAUCGUCUGGAAGACUUGAUACCAGGGGCCAGGUACAACAUCAGCCUGGCUGGGGUAACAAGAGUGGGAGCCGGACCUAGAGCCAGUCUAAUUUUCAACACGAUGUCUAAGAAGUCUGUGGAUGUGUGGUUUGGCAUUGGAUUGCCAGUGGUGUUCUUCUUCAUCUCAAUCGGAUUCACUUUUAUCUUCAAGAGACUCAAACACAAGAUUCUCCCUCCUGUACCAAAGCCUGUUAUUCGAGAUACAGCUAACAAUCAACAGGUGAAUCAGGAGAUGCUGGAGAUAACAGAGGAGGUAGACGACCUAACACUGCACCAGCUGCAGCCAGAGACCAAGCCUGAGCAGACAACCGAGGACCUUGAAGAUACCGCUUUCCUGGAUGGUGUUGGGGAGACGGAUGACACCACUGACGAUGAAGUGGAGGAUGAGAGGAUUCUGGAAGACUCGAUGACCCCAGAGGAAAGUUGUGAUGAGUGCUUGAGUCCUGGCUACAAGCAUCAGGCGUUGAUGAGCUACAGAGACUUGGAUUAAUCAAUCAAUUGAUCAGUUUUACUUAAAGUGUGGAAUCACCAUGCAGAAUGGUCACAAUACACUUUAUGAUACAUGGGACAAUACAUACAGCAAGCAAAUAAAAUAUGAAACAUUAAAAUAAAACUACAAUGUUAAAAGGGUGUUAAAAAGGUGUUAGGGUUAGGGUUGGACACGACCAAGUUCUUGGGUCGGCUUUAAUGAGGUAAAUAAACGUAUGUUUUCAGUUUAGACUUGAAGAUUUCAACUGAAGGUGCUUCUUCAACAUGUAAUGGAGGGGCCAUUCCAGAGAUAAGGGACACUGUAGUCAAAUGCUCUGAAGCCAGCUGAUUUUUUGUCAAUUGAAGGAAUGAACAGGACCAUCAUUGAGAGAGCAAAGAGGGUGUGCCAGAGCAGGAUCACACGAAUCCAUUGAGCUGUUUACAUGAUAUAAACUUUUCACAUUUGUGGCGCCAUCUAGUGAUUAAACGCAACACACUCGGAUACUUGAGCUUAGUGAACACUCCUGAACUGGUCCCUCAAAUUUUGGAUUGAUAUCUCAGAGCAUUCAUGAGCCAUGGCAAGUUUUGUAGGGCUACAGCAGUAGGCUAUAGUAGAACAAAAGGGCUGCUAGAGCGAAAGACAUGUGUUUUCUUUGUGUUUUCUCGUGCCUUCUGAGCCUUUUGUCUAUAUCUGCUCAGCUGCCCCCAGCUCAGCCCUCUUGAUCUGAGAAUGCAUUAUGCCUAUUGAGCAGUGGCACUAUAUCAGCAUAAUUCAUGCCCAGUUCAAAAUCAAAUUCAAUGAGCUGAUCCAUAGUGUGGCGCUGUACUGUUGCUCUGGGAGCAGCUGAGCGGAAAGAUAUUUGGCUCAGAAGCAGCGGAAGUAGAAAAGUGUUGUGAGGUAACACAAAAGGAUUGCGAGAGAACACAAAACUAAUACAACAGAAUGCAAAAUGUAUUGCGAGAGAAACAUAUCGACAGGUAACACAAACUAUUGUGAGGCAACACAAAAGUUGCAAGGGAAUGCAAAAAAAAAAAAAAAAAAAAAAAAAUCUCCCCAUGACCCUUCGGGGGUUCUGUAGGUUUUCAACAUCAGGAUGUUAUUAUGUCAUGAGUGCAUAACUUUGCUGUAUUUAUGUGGUGUAUCAGUGCAAAAUAUGAGAUAUCAGGAACAGAUGCACCUUUUCCUGCCUGCCUCCUAGCCUGCACCUCAUGGACCACAGUGAAUUUAUGGCAAUGGAUAUGGCAAUAAAUUUAUUGCCAUAUCCUGAUGAAUGUUAGUACUGUAUGCACUUUUGUGUAUUGUGUAUUCAAUUUAUCAAAUAAAACCAGUCAAUCAAAGCAAAAUAACAGAACCAGGAUACAUAUUCAUUUUUUAUUGUAUGAUUAUUUUGAGCCAGUGAACAUCCUAUACCACAGACAGGUGUAGCGCCACCUAGACAAUAAAUGCUGCUUUUGACUGUGUGAUUGAGCUGUCGCAAGGUUUUCCCUGACGAAACUUCUACCUCGUGGACACUUUUUGAGCAGAUGCCCCAGCUCAGCUUUAAUUUCAGGGAUAUUCUUGUGUUC